AUGAGGUCGAUCUACCAGCUCCUAGGGGUCGACGCAUCCCUCGACCACAAGCACGUCUACGAGACCUCGUGGCUGCUACCCCCGCUGGCCUUUGCCUGCCUGCGCGGUCUCAUCGCUCUCUACAUCUUCACAACCAUCUUCACGAUCUGGGGCUUGUACGGCACGCACGGGGAGAGCUAUGCAAUCGGCGAGACCUUCAGCUACUUCACCUGGCUCACCUACUGGGGCAUCGGCUUCUACAUGCUCACGGCCGCCAUCCACAGCGCCUGCUACGUUAUAAGUGGUCGCUCGCUGCUCUUCGACCGCUGGCCGCGUAGCUUGCGCGCCCUCCACGGGCUCUUCUACACCACCGUCACCACCUUCCCAUUCAUCGUCACCGUCGUCUUCUGGGCCAUUCUCUACUCCCCGCCGUGGUAUCCGACCGUCGAGCCCGCUUGGCAGAACAUCUCCCAACACGGCCUCAAUUCCUUCUACGCCCUGCUCGAGGUCGUCCUCGCCACCACAAACCCGCACCCGCUCAUCAGCCUGGCCUUCCUCAUCUUCAUCCUCCUACUCUACGUCGCCCUGGCCUACCUCACCUACCACACCGAGGGCUUCUACACCUACAGCUUCUUGGACCCCGGCCCGCAUGGCGAGCACAGCGGCAAGGUCACGGGCUAUUGCUUCGCCAUCCUCGCUGCUAUCCUUGUGUUCUUCGUCCUGUCGUGGGGCGCGAUUUGGUUGCGCCGGCGGCUGACGCAUGGGAAGGUGAAGCGCUCGGCGCGCGAUGUUUUCGGGAAGACGGCUGAGGGGAUGCCUGAGGUGGUAGAGGUUUCGAAUUUUCAGGUUUGA